UAUUUUGUCAACCUAUAACAAAACGUCAAUAUGAAAUCCAAAGAACAAAAUUAAGUAAUACAUUUUAAAAAAGUAAAUUGUAAGCUGUUCUUAAAAAAAAGCGAAAAUAAUAUUGUAUUACUUUGUAUUAAAAUAUAAGACAUAAAAUUUUGCAUUUUCAAAUGGGGAAUUAUACUGAAGACCAAAUAGCUGAGUUUCAGGAAGCCUUCAACCUUUUCGACAACCGUGGGGAUGGCAAAAUUCCACUAUGUCAAGUUGGUGAAUGUCUUCGGGCUUUAGGUCAAAACCCUACUGAAGCAGAUGUCAAAAAAUGCACUCAUCAGCUAAAAGCAGAUGAAAGAAUACUUUUUGAAGUAUUUUUACCAAUUUAUCAAGCCAUAUCUAAAGCACGUUCAGGCGAUACAGCUGACGAUUUCAUUGAAGGAUUAAGACAUUUUGAUAAAGAUGCCAGUGGAUUUAUUUCAUCGGCAGAAUUAAGGCAUUUACUAACCACUUUAGGAGAGAAAUUAACUGAUGAGGAAGUUGAACAAUUACUCGUUAAUCAAGAGGACUCUCAAGGAAAUGUUAAUUAUGAGGAAUUUGUUCGUAUGGUAAUGAAUGGAUGAAACUAUUUCACGCACAAUAAAAAACAAAUAAAACUUUCAUAUUUAAGCAUGUUUUAUAAACAAUAUUUAAUAAGCAAAAAAUAAUCUUCCAUUGUAUAUUAUUAUUCGUUUAAUGUAUAAUAUUAAUUUUUCCAAUAAACAUUUGUAAUUGUUUCAA